AAUUGACAACCAAUCAAAAAAAAGUUGCAUAUCAAUUCCGUUACACAAGUUACAAAAUGGCGCAAGAGGUAUGAGUUGGUGUGUCUAAUUUGCUUUCUACUUGAUUAUUGAAAAAAAUUGAUAAAAUUCAAUGGAUAUUUAAUUGGAUUAAACUCAGGAUUUUUUUCAACUUCUUCGAGCCAAUGCCAUUUGCAUCUGUUGAAAUUAACGGCUUCGAGAAGAAUUUCUCACACACGAAGAUAACAAAAUAAAAGUAACAAAAAUUGGAUUUUGGAUAUUUUUGAACGUAAUGACGAGCUAACAACAGGACAUGCGGUUUUAUUUUGUGAAGACGAAGACUACUACGUUUUUGACCUCCGACUAUUCUCUUUAUCCUGCAUUAAAUUUUUGGCGGGAUUUAAACCUGCGGGAAACGAGAAGAAGAAGAAGAGCAAACGAAAAAGAGAGAGGGACCGUUCUCUUUUAAGGAUUCUUUAAGAAUGGAUUUAAUACCGGGCGGUCUGCUCGUACCUGCUAAGAUCCAGGAUAUCAAUACCUACCAUUCUUCGUUUUAUUCGCCACCACCCACUGAAGCUUCGAGAUCUGGUUAUGAAUCAAGUUGCGGUGAGGAUUCAGAAAAUGAAUAUUCAUAUCAAGGUGGAACACAAAAUUCAACGUCUGGCACGUCAAAUCAAAAUGGUGCAGCUCAAGGAAAGCAAAUAAGUAAAAGUCGUUGGACAAAAGAAGAGGAUGCACUGUUAAAAAAAUUAGUGAGCCACGCCGAUCAUCAUGGUUCAAAUUUACGAUGGGAUGUUAUUUCAGCACAUUUCCCCGACAGAAGCGAUGUACAAUGUCAACAAAGAUGGGCAAAAGUUGUUAAUCCCGAAUUGGUUAAGGGUCCAUGGACCAAGGAGGAGGAUGAAAAAGUUGUUGAAUUGGUGGAUCGUUAUGGACCAAAAAAAUGGACACUAAUAGCGAGACAUUUAAAGGGGAGAAUUGGUAAACAAUGUCGUGAACGAUGGCACAAUCAUUUAAAUCCAGGUAUUAAAAAAACCGCAUGGACAGAAGCUGAGGAUCGUAUUAUCGUUGAGGCUCAUCGUCGUGUUGGUAAUCAAUGGGCAAAAAUUGCCAAACUUCUACCUGGUAGGACGGAUAAUGCAAUUAAAAAUCAUUGGAAUAGUACAAUGAGACGAAAAUAUGAAACUGAGGAUGGUCGAGUUUCUGGAUCAAGAGGAAGGGGAAGAAGGAAAGGUAAUGCUAAUUCAAAUCAUAGAGAAACGAAGAAAACACAAGAAGAUACUUCCGCUGAAGUGAGUAAUAAAAAUUCAAGAGGCGAAAGUAGUUCAUCACAUUCAUCGAUACCUGAGAAUGCAGUUUGUGGUGAUCUUGAUCAGCUUGAUUGGACAAAAGCUUGGGAACAACAACAACAACAGCAACAACAACCCUCAAAUCGAUCUCAGAGUAAUUAUCAAAAUAUGAUGCACCUAAAUGAUUGCAAUAAUUCCGAGAGACAACUUAAUUCACCGCCUCGACGUGAGGGAUCCCUGAGGAUAAAAUCAGAAGCCCUGUCUCCAUUUUCGAGAUAUUUCGAUUUGGAUAUACCAAAAGAGGCGAGUAGCUCGAGAUCAUCGGAAAUUCGUCUUUUACCAAUGCCCGAUUUAGAAUGUAUGGAGAAGGAAAAAUCAAGUCCACCUCCGAUACUUCGAAGAAAACGAAAUUUUCAAAUUAUUGAAAGAACCGAUACGCCUGACAGUGGGAAUCAAUCUGAUUAUUUAUUGAAUCAACAUCAUAAUCUUGGUACAACACCGUCGACGCCAAUUAAACAACUUCCUUUCAGUCCAUCACAAUUUUUAAAUAGUCUCAGUCCUGAGACAUCAUGGCCACGUGCCAGUACACCCAAAGGAAGUCCUGAGGCCUUAACAACACCUCAACCAUCAGGUUUGCGUCGUAAUCUCGGUGACACUGGUAUGACGCCGAGGACACCGACACCAUUUAAAAAUGCCCUCGCUGAAUUGGAACGAAGAAUUGGAUCAUCAACACAUUUGCCGGCAACUCCAAGUCGUUUGGAUGCACUCACAGAAAUAAUAAAACAAGAAACAGAUCAAGAGAGUUUUGCCUGUUCGAGUAGUAUGCUUCAGGAUUCUGGCUAUGGAACGGGACGACGAAGAGGAAAGGAAAAUAGUGCACCAGGUGGUAAACGAGCGAGAAAAGCACUUUGUCAAGCGUGGGCAAAUUCAACAGAUUCCUCGGAUAUGAGUUUCGCCAUCGAGACCCCGAGUAAAAAUUUGGAUACGUCUGUGCUGUUUUCUCCAGCAUCAAUGGCAUUGGAAGACAGUUUUUUGGCAGCUGGACCGAGUCCCGUGAAGACCUCCCACGACUUUGUGUCCGUUCAUCGGAAGUCUAAUGCCAAGAGGGCGAUAUCGUUCGACGCGUUUGACAGCCCCUGUAAUUUCAGCCCUCAACCUCGGCCACCAUCCAAACGCGCCAAGCUGCAGUUGGAAGUGCAAUGGGCAACAGUUGCUUGCGGUCAAACAAUGGAUCAACUCGAAAUGACGAGAGCAGCUCGCAAAUUUCUUGGUAUUCAAGGAUUUCUCACACUACGCCCACGUUCUCUUAAGUUUUGAAAUGUGUAAUCUACAUUGAGAUUCUCGAUUCAAGUUUCUUUUCUACUUGUAAUUUUGUUAAAACCAUAUAAAAACAAAAAAAAAAAAAGGAAAAUAACUGAAUAUAAAUUGAUUUUAUAUUAUUAGCAAAAAAAGAAAAUUAAUGGUUUAACGAAAAUUAAAAAUGUAUGUGCAAACUCAGGGAAAAAUUUAUUUCCUAGAGUAAUUAUAUAAAAUUCCGCAUAUGCGAAUUAUUUUCUAUUUAACUAAAAUAAAAUUUAUUUUAAUUUUAUAAGCUCUGGUAGCUAAAAAAAAAGUUUCCAGACUCGAAAAAAUAAAAGGAUUCAACCUUUUAUUAUUAAGAAAUAGAGAUUUUUUAUUGAAUCGUGAAUCUCUCGACUGAUAACUAGAGAAAAAAGGCGGCUAUGUCCGGCUAAUUUUAUUAUUGUUUGUUUUUUUUUCGAAAAAUUCAGUACAAUAACGUAAUUAUUUUCAAAAUCCAGUGCAAAUGAAAAUCAUUUCAAUUAUUAGUUUAUUAAAAAAAGAAUUUUUAAUCACGUUAUUGUAUUGAAUAAUUUGCCUUUUAAUUUUAUAUAUAAAAACCACAUAAAAAUGCUACAGUUUAUAUAAAAAAAAAAAUAAAAUUGUUUAUUUUGAUUGAAAAAAAUUUCGAAUGCUGUUUUUAAGCAUUCUGAUAGUACAAAAAAAAUAGGAGAAUUAAAUUUUCUCUACAAUCAUUUUUAAUUUUUCCUAUUUUUACUGUUUCAUAAUUUAGUUUUUUUUUUUUUUAAAAAAACAAAUUUUGAAACGAUCUAUUUGAAUAAAUUAUAUAUAAUGUAUUGUUUUAAACUGCAGCAGAGAGGGUUUUUUUUCUUUUUUUAAAUGAUAUAUGUUAUUACGAAAAUUUAUAAUAUAUUUCAUAUGUACUUUUGAUGGAAAAAAAAAUUGUUUCUUUAGAGUCCAUUUGAUUUGUAUAUGCCAUGUGCUGUUUUUUUUCUUUUUUUAUAAAAGAUAUUAUAAGAGAAAUGAAAUUAUAGCCGAUUUAUUUCAUAGAUUAUAAUAUAAAAAAAAACACUAUAGUGGAUGUUAUGUAAAAAGAGCCUUUGUAAUUGGUAUUUAAUUUACGAAUAAAAUAUGUAAUAAAUAAAGUGGUGAAGAUCGCACAUAAA